CAUGCUUUGUGAGAUUCACCCACCUGUAGUCUAAAUUAUUUGUGUACAUUUAUACAUGAGAAAAACGAGAGAAUCCGAAUCCCGUAGCAGAGGUCGAGUCUGCGCAUGCGCGCUGCUGACUCGCCGUAAUAUCCUCGCUCAUCCGCGCGUGCUGAAGAGAAACGGGCUGAAUUAAGAACCGAAUCAAAUAAAUAACCGCAGCAUAUUCAUACACAUCAAACUGCGCUUUAGACACACGCAUGCUGUCAUCAUGAGUCCCGUGAGGAGAUGCAUGAAAACACUGCUGCAGUUCGGCUGCUGUGUGUGUUUAUGCGGCGCGCGACAGCAGCAUCAUCAGCAUCAUCAUCAUCAUCCGCGACAGCAGCAUCAGAAGUGACCGAACCGGCACACGGAACCGCGCGGACCGACCGAACCGCACCGCGCAUCCGGACGGCAGCGUUUCAGCAGCCGGGAUCUUUCUUUAUCAACCAUCCCGAUGCUUUUGUCGAUUGACCGCAGCUGAGACCCACAUCGGACCGGGGAACCGGAGCGCUCAUGUCCUCACCGGGCCCGAGACCACUGCACCUCACCCGAGCCUCUCUGCGCCGUUAAAUAUUCAUAGUCACGAUCUGAGUGUCAAACUUGAUACUCCGGUGCCUGGAGAGACAGAUGAGAACCUUCACAGCCGUAUCUGUCACGUUAUGAAAAUCUGCAUGAGCUUUAGCUGAGACUCCGAUGAGAUGAGUAGCUGGAUCUAUACAAGCAGGACGAGAUUCACUGCAGCACCUGCAGUCUGACCCGCUGAGGGCCUCAAUUGGGCUGGAUGAAAUGUGACGCAUCGUAAUCCCGGUGACAGCUGCGGAAAGAUGAGCCACAGACAGAGAGAAAGAGAGCGAGAGAGAGAGAGACAGGCAGUGAACAUGAUUAGAGGGACUGCACUGUGACUCAACCAGACGCAUAAAAAAACAAGACGGGAAUGGAGACUGGAAACUUUCUCGCUGCGGCAAAGUUCCUCUUUUAAACGGGUAAACGGCGUGUUUUCAUCUCGAGUGCUUCAGUAAUGUGUUGUACCGCCAUCCCCGAAGUGUCGUCCUUCCUCUCAGGCGAGGUUACGGCAGGUUAAAUGCCACCUGAGGCUUAGAGAGACCAGGCCCGUUGAGCUGAAGGGCCUGCGGGCCCUCGCAGACUUUUGGGGAAAACGGCACCCGUGGAUCCUGUCAAUCACAGCCACUUCCUGAUGUUGAUCUCUGGCAGACUAGAGGAGAUGUCUGACCCUCCAAACUGAGUUUAAGAACCGUAGACCUUUGUGUUUGAGUGUAUUUAUGUGUAUGAAAGCCAAACAGAGGGACGCAGCGUGUGUUUCUAAGUUGCUCGUGGCAAUGGGGAGUUCUGCUUCGUCUCUGACCACGGACAGAGAAUCAGAUCACGGGUUCGGUACGGCUCCGUUCCCGCCGGCCGCUCCGAUGGGCUGGCUCAGGACCAGCCACAGCAGUCCGGUGUGGGGAACCACUUUCAUCACACGCCAACAGCAGCAACAGCAGCCUAUCCCACAUAGAGAACGCAGUCACUCUCAUUCUCCUGGUUCGAUGGCAGCAGUUGUGAGGAAUUCUGAUUGGUCAUGCGGGCGCUGCACGUUUCUUAACUCCAGUGGCUCCUUACGCUGCUCUAUUUGUGAAGCUCCUCGGCAGAAGCCGGAUUUGAACCAUAUUUUGCGCCUCAGCAGUGCUGAGGAACCUCGCUGGUCCUGCCCACGCUGCACGCUGACUAAUCACCAUGGAUUAGGCUCGUGUUCUGUGUGCGGAGCAGCUCCAGUUACGCCCAACGGACCCCUCCCACACAAGCAGCCCCCGCCCACUCCAGUAGAGCCCGCCUGCAGCCCUGAAGCCAAAGGUCAGGUAGCCAAUGGGGAGUCCCGGUGCACGGAACCCAACGGGGAGGGGUCUGUGGGAGGGGAGGGGUCAUCAGAGUGGGCGUGUCCUCGCUGUACUUUAGUAAACACUCCGGUGGCGUUAUCGUGCUCGGCAUGUGGUGGUCCGAGGAAACUCUCCUUACCGAAAAUCCCUCCUGAAGCGCUAGUGGUCCCGGAAGUGCACACACCCGUGGCGGGGUUUCCCACGCAAACGACAGGAGCAUCUGCGCCACUUCUCAUCGAUCUGACUGAAGAUUCUCCACCCCUAGCACCUUCUGAAACCCCUUCUCCACCCCCCGUCCCGUUUCUGCCCCCUUCCCUGUCCUCGCUUCAGAAUAACCCCGUGCCUCGCAGCCGAAGGGAAGUCCCGCCCCCUGGCCGGCCCCCGAACCCUGCCCCCUCGCCAACCUCACCUUCAACAGCAGCGCCUACCAAACCCAAGCCCCUCCCACCAUCAGACAACUACUCACUCAAGCGCCUGAGCGUGCUGGAGGAGGAGCCUAACAACCCCGCCCCUCCAGUCACAUCUCCACCCUCUUGGAAGUGCCCCGGAUGCUCCGCCCCCACAGCUCCUCCCUCGUCAUCCGCCGGCCGCUGCGAUGCAUGUCGAGGGUCGCGGCCGGGUUCGGGCGGCGACGUCAUCGAUGUACUAGGCGAGUCGGUGCGAUUCACGCCGGCGUCGCCGUCCAGUCCAGACUUCAGCUCAUGGGCGUGUUCCAAAUGUACGUUGCGCAACCCGACUGGUGCGGGCCACUGCACGGCCUGUGGAUCGUACAAAUUGCACGGUUUCUCCGAGCCGUCCAACUGCUCGUCGUGUUCUCGGAAACAACAGCACUCGCAUGCCUUUACUUCCGCCUCCUCUUCCGCCAUCUCAUCCCCAUCUGCGCAGGACAAGAGCGCCUGUCAGUGGACGUGUCCUGCCUGCACGCUCUUGAACGAAGUACGGAUGAAGCAUUGCGCGGCGUGUCACACCCCACAGCAGUACCUGAAUCAGAGGAAAAUAGGGAAACCGCUCAAACGGCGGGAGAGCAUGCAUGUGGAGACACGCAGACGCACAGAUGAAGAAGAGGCCAAGGAAUUGUGGGAAAAUAUUGUCAGCUUCUGUAGAGAGAACGCGGUGAACUUCGUGGAUGACAGUUUCCCCCCCGGUCCACAUUCGGUUGGGUUCCCCGAGAACGACAGCGUCCAGCAGCGAAUCAAAAAGUGGCUCCGCCCUCACGAGAUUAACUGCAAUAACUUUAAGGAUCGUGGCGUGAAGUGGUCCGUGUUCAGGACGCCCCGCCCCUCUGACAUACUGCAAGGCCUUCUGGGAAAUUGCUGGUUUUUAAGCGCUCUCGCGGUCCUAGCAGAGCGGCCCGAGUUGGUGGAGCGUGUAAUGAUCACCAGAACCAUAUGCCAGGAGGGAGCGUAUCAGGUGCGGCUCUGUAAGGACGGGACGUGGACAACGGUUCUGGUGGACGACAUGCUGCCCUGCGACGAAUACGGAUUUCUGCUCUUCUCACAGGCUCAGCGGAGGCAGCUGUGGGUUGCGCUGAUAGAAAAGGCUCUUGCGAAGCUGCACGGGUCGUAUUUUGCGCUGCAGGCCGGUCGUGCCAUUGAGGGUUUGGCGACGCUCACUGGCGCCCCCUGUGAAAGUCUGAUGCUGCAGGUCAGCUCAACCAACCCACGGGAAGAGCCGAUCGACACGGACCUCAUAUGGGCCAAAAUGCUCAGCUCCAAAGAGGCCGGCUUUCUGAUGGGGGCGUCCUGUGGUGGCGGGAACAUGAAGGUGGAUGAUGCUGUAUAUGAGUCUCUGGGGCUCCGCCCACGACAUGCCUACUCCAUACUGGACGUCAGGGAUGUUCAGGGCUACAGGCUGCUGCGUUUGAGGAACCCCUGGGGCCGGUUCUCCUGGAACGGCUCGUGGUCAGACGAGUGGGCCGACUGGCCGCAGCACCUGCGUCACGAGCUCAUGGCUCACGGCAGCAGCGAAGGCGUCUUCUGGAUGGAAUACGGAGACUUCAUUAAGUAUUUUGAUUCGGUGGAUAUCUGCAAGAUUCAUCCUGAUUGGCAGGAAGUUCGUCUGCAGGGCUGCUUGCCCUGCCGGGCGAGUAAACCGGUGACUGUAACCGCCCUCACGGUCCUGGAGAGAACCGCGGUGGAGUUCGCCCUCUUCCAGGAGGGCAGCAGGCGUUCAGACACGGCCGACAGUCACCUGUUGGAUCUGUGCAUCAUGGUCUUCCGGGCCUCGUUCGGUAACGGGAAUAGGCUGGUCCUGGGACGUCUGCUGGCUCACAGCAAGCGCGCGGUGAAGAAGUUUGUAGGAUGUGAUGUGAUGCUGGAGCCGGGAGAGUACGCGGUGGUCUGCUGUGCCUUCAACCACUGGCAGAUGGACCUGACGGACGCUUCAACACCAGUCUCCAGCCCCACCAACGCUCGCAGACCCAGUCAGGAUUUCCCAGGGUACAUCUUGGCCAUCUACAGCUCCAGACAGGUGAUGGUGGAGCAGGUGGAGGCCACAUCCACCACACUCGCCGACGCCAUCAUCCUGCUGACGGAGAACAAGGGAGAGAGACAUGAGGGUCGGGAAGGAAUGACAUGUUACUACCUGACUCACGGGUGGGCGGGGCUCAUCGUCGUCGUGGAGAACCGUCACCCGAAGUACUACCUCCAUGUGUCAUGUGACUGUACCGACAGCUUCAAUGUGGUGUCGACCCGCAGCAGCCUGAAGACCAUCGACAGCGUGCCGCCGCUGCACAGGCAGGUGCUGGUGGUCCUGUCCCAGCUGGAGGGGAACGCCGGAUUCUCCAUCACGCACAGACUGGCCCAUAGGAAAGCAGCGCAGGCGUCUCUGGGCGACUGGACAUCUAGUAAAGCCACACACUCGCCCCAGCUCACGCCAGACACUGACGGACUGCACAGGCCGCGGCCGCUUUGACACACGCUUACACACACACACACACACAUAGACACACUCUCCCUUCAUGAAACGACAUAGACCAGUUCAGGCCCGUGAUGAUGAACACACACGCAGGCACUGAGAGGGUCUGGGUGGAACUACUGAGCCAAUCACAUGUCUGCUUGCUGAGCCAAGCCCCGCCCACUGCAAACACACUCGCUCUGCGCAAGAACAUGAUGAGCUUCAUUCACAUCCAUCCUGGAGUCCGCCGCACGUCUCCGGUCACCCGACUGUACUUUCCCGUUUCUUUUACAUGCGUUCAGUCAGACGGCGAAUCUCACCAAAAUAUUUAACAUGAAUUAUUAAAGCAAUAAGCCCAAAGAAGCCGUGGUUUACAGUGAAUUUAUA